CAGUUGGCUGCUACGCUGUCGUAACAACCGCUGCGUCGAAACGAAGGAAACAACAAAAGGAGGUGCAGGAAGGUGUCUGGUUUAGUUUUGUGUCAAGGCAGCAGCCGUUGUGGAGGUCUUGGUAGCCCGCUCAGCGCGUGCGAAGUUUUUUUUAAGCUAUCGAUCGGACAGGGCUUCGCCAGGAGCGUCGUCGUUUUAUUUGCAACUUGACGUUUCACAUCGCGAAAAUUCCGCGAUGGAGAAGAAGAUGAAUUUGUCAUUCGCUGGGUGCGGUUUCCUGGGCAUUUACCACAUCGGUGUAGCGGGCUGUUUCAAGAAGUACGCGCCACAUCUGAUUUCGGAAACCAUCUCCGGAGCUUCAGCUGGUGCGAUUACGGCAUGCUGUCUUCUGUGUGACCUACCUCUAGGCGAGCUGACCACCAUCACCCUGAAGGUGGUGAAGCAGGUGAGGGAGAAGCUGCUGGGGCCCUUCAGUCCGUCCUUCAACGUGCACAAGAUCCUGCAGCAAGGACUCGAGAAGGGCCUGCCGGAAGACGCGCACCUCAGGGUGAGCGGCAAGCUGCACAUCUCCAUGACGAGGGUGUACGACUCCAAGAACGUGGUGGUCAGCGAGUUCAGCAGCCGGGAGGAGCUCAUCCAGGCCCUGCUCGCCAGCGCCUUCAUCCCGGUGUUCUCCGGCUUCCUGCCGCCCAAGUUCCGCGGCGUGCGCUACAUGGACGGCGGCUUCAGCGACAACCUGCCCGUGCUGGACGAGAACACCAUCACCGUCAGCCCCUUCUGCGGCGAGAGCGACAUCUGCCCCCGGGACGUGUCCUCGCAGCUGUUCCACUUCAACUAUUCCAACACCAGCAUAGAACUGUCGAAACACAACUUCUGCAGAUUCGGACGAAUACUUUUCCCUCCAGAACCCGAGGUGCUGUCCAACAUGUGCAAGCAGGGCUUCGACGACGCGCUGCGCUUCCUGCAGCGCAACGACCUGCUGAGCUGCAGGCGCUGCCUCGCCGUGCAGUCCACCUUCGUCGUGUCGCACCUCGACGAGGCCGAGUGCAGCGACUGCCAGGAGCACCGCAAGGAGGCCCUGGUGUCGGACCUGCCGGACACCAUAGCGUCCAUCCUGCAGGACGCCAUAGAGUCUGCGAACAAGGGCGUCAUGAACUGGCUGUUCCAGCACCGCAGCGUGAAGCUGCUGUCCCUGCUCAGCCUGCCCUGCACGCUGCCGGCCGACAUCGUCUACGCCACCUUCACCAAUGUGCUAGGUGGCGUGGUGCAGACUCACUCCUACGAAAUGUUUGUAGUCGGGAACUCCCGCUUCGACCAGGUUGUAAACUGUGAUUGCGCGGAGCACUCGCACUUCCGCUCGCUAAGAUGUAGCCGGAGGUUCCUGUCGCUGUCGCCCAGCGUGGGCAGCAACCUGAAGCAGGCCAGCCACUACCUGCUGGACCAGCUCUCGCACUUCGUGCACAGCGUGGACCUGCGUCGCCAGCAGAUCACCGCCAACAUCAGCUGCCAGCUCGCCAUUCUGCAGUACGCUGACGUGGCAAAAUUAAACCUGGACAUUCUUGGAAAUAUUUCCAGACCAGUGAAGAACAGGCUGAACUUCAACUUCUCGCUCAGUGUGGAUGAGAGCAGGGACGUGCAAGUGGAGCCGGGCCGCGGCAAGUACCCCAGCAAGGUGCUGUCGCGGCGGUCCAGCGAGUCCCUGAUGGGCGGGGAGAAGCUGUCGCCGGUCGAGGACGACACGUUCGACCACAUCCUGCAGGUCACGUCGCACCACGACGCCGUCAUGGCGUACUACUACACCGACGAGGACAAUAAGGUGAAGGUGACGGAGAUCUUCGACGUGACGGAGGAGGACGACAGCAUCAUGCUGACGGCGGAGGAGAAGCAGAACAACACGCAGCUGCAGUUCGAGGACGACUGGGAGGACAGCGAGCCCACCAGUUGGCUGUCGCAGCACACGUUGCUGGAAGACGAUGACGACGUGUACUACAGCCAGCUGAGUUGCGACCCGAGCAACCUGUCUCGAUACGAGGAGGACCUGUCGGAUCGCGGGGAGUCGCCGAGGAUCUUCUCGGACCCCGAGAGCGAGUGGGCGGAGCCGGGGGACCGAGACGGCGGGAAGGACUGCAGCGUCGCCCGCUUCCUGCCGGAGUCGGAGCAGGCGGGGCAGACGCAGGCGAGCGAGGACCAACACUCCCGGCACAGCGCGUCUUGAACCCGGGACCCGGGGCGGGUCGUCGGGACAUCGGGACAUCGGGACAUCGGAGGUCUUUGUGUGAAUGUUUGCCGGCCCACGCGAGGAGGGAAACGGCCACGACUUACGCGAUCACAUUUGUUGCGAGUUGUCGUCUUCGUCAGAAGAGUUCCUUAUAUUUUUUGAAAUAUUUGAUAUAUUUAUUAUACAUGUUACCGUAGCGUGUAGAAGAGUUGUAAACCCAUAAACCCCAUUUAGUUUAAAAAAAAAAAUUCCUGCCAGGAUUUUUUGUAAUUAACGUUUUAAAUUCAUUUUUUUCGAGUAAAUGUGUAGUUUUCAGUUAUUAUGUAUAUAUAUUUUUUUUGCAGUGAUCACAUUUAAAGCAAAUUAAUAAUUUUUAAAUUUUUUAGAAUUUACAUAUUAUUAUCACCAUGUCAAUAGAAACAUUCCAAAAAAAAUGUAUAUAUUAGGUAUUUUUUGUUAGCCUUUUUUUUAUUUAAAGGAGGUGAAUUUGAGAAGUUUACCAACAUUCAGUGCUUAAUAUUUUCAGUUUGUUACACAUAGAUAUAUAUAUUUAUUAUGAACAUAGAUAAAUAUACCACCAUGAAAUAAUGUGCAAGGCUGUAAUUAUUAUGAGUGAGAAAUAAUUUUUUUUUUAAAUGUCUACCGUAGUUUAAGCGAUAUGUAUUCUGAAACUUUUUUCCCUGCAGUUAUUUGUUUAAAUCCUAUGCUAUUUAUGUGUGUGUGACUCCAGACUUUUUCCUGUAUACUUGCCGGAGCCAAUGUAAUGGAAUGGAGAGAAUUUAUACACUAUAGACAAUCCGUUGUAUAAAUAGUUAUGUAUCCUCUCGGCAACUGUAGGAUAUGUGAUAGGGUUUGCUGUUGGGGGUGGAGUGAAGUUUUACCAAAGCUCUUAUGGUUAAUUAUGCAGUUCUUGAUGUAGCAGUUAGCGCAGAGGUUAACGUCAUGUUGGAAGUGACCACAGAGUCAUUUUGGUAGGUAUUUGACAGUUUAUUUUCCAUUAGGAAAGAUUAAUGUUUAGUCCCUAGAAAAUUAUUCCAAUUUCUGAAGUUCACUUUCGUCCUCUUUCAGAGGAAAAUUGAAUGCUCUCUAAAAAAAAUCCUCUUCAUAACUUAAGACUGAUUGAAUCUUUCACCAGAAAGCACUGUCUUCCGACUGUUAUGCGAUAUAGUUUUGCAAGUUCGAUGUAUGAUAGUGGGAAGUAAAGUUUGGAAAUAAACUGCAAUGACUUGCUGUUGCCAAGUGUCGAGUUAAGUUGCUUAGUUUUUUUUAUAAAAAGCACGGACGUGAAAGUUUCUAGGUAUUAUUUGUGUAAGUUAAGGUAUGAUAACUAUGCCAAUAUGUGAACUGUGAUUUUGCGUGAAUGUCUGAUUGUUCUUUUAAUGGUUUACAAGACAUAUUUUGUACUUUUUUAGAGACUUGUGACAGAGUUAAGUAUUAUUUGUAAAGUCCUAUAAAUGUACAUGUAUAAAGUGCAUGGUUUGUACUAAGUGUGUUUAAUUAGUAAUAUCAGUAAACUAAUUGUGGUUUUAUAUUUACUGAGAAUGGUUUAAGCUGUAACUAAACAUAUCCUCUCUUAGCUUGAAAUUAAGUUCACACCAGCAUAAACCUAAUGAAAAAAUAUCAAAUUUAGGUUUUAAUGGUCAAUCUUUGCAUGAAGUAAACAUUUUGAAACAAUGCUGAGAUGCUCAUUUAAUAUUUCACAGUUGAUAUUGUGUUGACUGGUGUCAGUAUGAUAUCUUCUGCGGUCUAUUCAGGGUUUCUGUACAUGUAUAGAAUACUUGCUACAGUUAUACUUCAGCUAUGUACUGCUGUGGAUUCUUUUGCCACGUAGAAACACUAUGAGGGGCCUUAACUACUCAUGAAUAGAGACCGAAAAAAUUUGCGAUUUCAAUGACCUGUAGGAUGGACUCCAUGAUCCUCUAUGCAUGCGGGAAAAUUUCUUUUGUUCAUUGGCUACUGACUCGCGACACAUGUUAACUGGAACGUUCGUUCGUGAUUCGAUACUUCUUUUGUUGAAAGUUUUUCAUUGGCCGAGUAUCAUUCAGAUAAACUGUGGCCCAAUCACUGAUGCAGUAAAAACGCAAACGUAUUUUGAUUCUAGCCUAUCACGAAAUGAAUCCGUGAAUUUUUCAGGUCUCUACUCAUGACUACGUAUUACAAAUACUGAUGCUAGUCCUGUCACCGUUUUGCAUUUGUAUUGUCUGUAAAAUAAAUAUAAUUGAAAAAAACUUUGAACUAAAGCUUUAUUUUAACACAGAAAUUAACAUACCAGUAGCUUAUUACAUUAGUGCAAGACAUAAAUAAUAAAACAAAAUGGUAAUAGAUGAGCUGCUUUGAAAAUGAAAUAGAAAUAAAAUAAUUUGUGUAAAGUAUUUUCUCAAAUAUUUAAAUAAACUAUAAACAAUCUUAUUAAAUGAAUUAAUUUUUGCUUUCCAGCUGUUACAAAUAACAAAAUGCACACUAAUCGCUGAAACAUAACCCUGCCGUGCUGAAAUUCUGGCUAUAUUGUAAUAGAAAAUCAAGCUUAAUGAGUUCUCAACUACGUAGAUCAAUGAGGUACAAUAAUACUAUAACUGAACGCGAAUGCAUUGCACUAUCUGCUAGUGCUGUUAUUACACAUUUAUUAUCCUUGCAGCUUGUGUGGGGCAAAACUGGGAAAAUGUUAGUGUGUUCUGCCAUGCAUAAUCAAAAAUGAACCAUUAUUCACAAUUCCGUUAAUAAUUUACGCGUACAAUUCUUAAUGCAGUAAUUUCUCAUAAUAAAGUACCUUGUGAAGAAUUUUUCACUUUAAAUUAUACAUUUUUAGAUCCCUGGAAAAUUUGCUACCCUAGAAUAAAAUUCUUUGAUUGUCAAGAAACUAGACUGUGUAGGUUUUUAAAGUACGUUGUAAUGAGAUUUCAGUGUAAUGUUAUUUUCACGUAAAUUUAUGUGUAGGUAUUUGACUUCAUGCCCAUGUGUUAUUUCCUUGUGGUGAAAAUUUUUUUUUGAAUCCUUAAAAAGGAGGUGUAUGUAUAAAUUUGUUUCUGCUGUUGAUACUUUACUAAAUACAAAUGUAGCUUCAUUUCUAUGUUCCAAAGCAAUAAGCAAUACUCUGUGUGUUGUAUCUAGUACCAGGGUGUGGCAUUUUCUGAAGUAAAAAUUAGUUUUGUGUUGUGUGCAUAAAUUUAUUAUUUGCGCAAUUUAAUACUGUAUGUAUUUGAGAAACGGGUUAUGAACCAUGUUAACCUAGUAUGUAGUAAGUUAGUAUGCAUGUUCACUGAACGUUUGCAAUUUGUGUUGAAAGUUAUUUUUUUCGUACUGUUAACUGUGAUACAAUUUUUUGUAAUGUUAUGCAUAAAAGUAAUGAUACAAAAAUAAAACUGUGCGUGAUGUCUAA